GGGCCACCGGGAGCCCGCGGCGAGCACAACCACGCGCGGAGCCCUGCCAAAGGCAGCCCGUGCCAAACCUGAAUUACCAGCCCAGAGAGUGGCUGUGGAUCCCGGGAGCUCCUGUGAUUUGCGGCAGGUUUUUCAGGUCCCCGCCUGUCAAACACACACGCAGAUACUUAAGCAGUCACCCAAGGACCUGCGGGGUUCUUGUUUUACACGCUUCUGGUCCCUGCCAGCUCCAGUGCCUGGCCCCAUAGCCCUGCCCCAGGAGGAGAUGGCCAUGGAAAAUCCAGUGAUUCCCACUGAGGAGCAGCUGGAGAUCCUGGAGUACCACUUCUGCAAGGUGAAUAAGCACCCUGACCCCACCACACUGUGCCUCAUCGCUGCCGAGACCGGGCUCUCCGAGGAGCAGACUCUGAAAUGGUUCAAGCAACGCCUGGCAGAGUGGAGGAAGUCUGAAGGGCUGCCCUCAGAAAGCGGGUCUGUCAGGGACUAGAGGAUGCUGCUCCAGUCCCCUCACCUCUUAUAAAGGAUGGUGAAGCUCUUCAGAGUGGGUUUCCUCGGGGUUCUUCUGUUGCAAUAGGUUUUGCGAUACAAAGUAAUACUCUGCUAUUUAACAUAAAUUUUAUUUAACAUGUACAUAACAAGAAAAAACCCAUUAUAUAUAUAUAUAGGUAUGUGUAUACAACUUUUGACGGCUGAUAACCUGUCUAACGAUUCCAACCCAUUAACAGCAGCUGCACAAGAAAAGGCAAUUUCAUGCCCUUGUCCCAGGCUUGCAGACAAUUUGCCAUGAUACAUGCUCAAAUACAGAAGGAAGAAAUAAAGAUUUGUUUUCCUUACAAUUCCUGGAGGCAAAUUAUGUGUGCUAGCUUUAAGGUACAGAUCAUCCAGAGAGCAGGGCAUCUGGAAAACCAGGUGUGCUGUUCAGGUGACCUGUUUUGGCUCAACAUGCCUGAAUCAGCUCUGGAUGCUGGCAAAGCAAGUCCUACACCAUAAUCAGACCAAGCCAAGCAUCCCUUGAAUGCCUUUUUUACCUUUCUGUUAAAGGUCACCAAAGAGAAAGAACUCAUGGGGUGUUUUGGGAUUUUUCCCAGUGUAAUUAUAAAAACCCAAUGUUUUUUGAUGAGAGGAGGUCUAUUAUGUCCCUGCUUGUGCUCCCUGCCACCGUGACAGGAGGCAGACUCCUUCCGUCUGGAAGGGCAACGUUGCUCCCAGGCAGCCUCAGUGGGCACAGUGGGUUUUCCCUUUGCCACAGGGACAGCCAUGGGCAGCCUCAUCUCCCAGGGCACCCGUGGGUCCGUGCAUGGCAGCCCACACAGCCCCACACACCUCCUAAUCCCUGGGGAGGUAGAGGCUGGUGGUGCUGGGGUUCCCCCACAGCAUGGGGGCUUUAGGAGGAGACCCCAGUCUCCUUCUGGCCAUUCUCAAGCCUGAGGAAUGCAGUUGCACUGAGGCUCUUGCACGAAGUCCAAACUCUCAUCCAUUUUGGCACAGGACAAUGCCUGGUCUAAAAAUAACCAGCACCGUUGCCCAGUGACCUUACCUUGUUCAAAAGGCUGCAGAAGCACUCUACUUAGUGGAUUACUGAAUCAAUUAAUGGAUCCUCUGAUUAAUCCCUUCUGGUUUGUGGUCACCUGUCUCUAUUCCUCUGGAAGGAGAAUCAGCUUAACACAGGGAAGAUUAAAAUAUAUUGUCUCUGAAACUGCCA